AUGGGUCUGAUUUAUUUCAUCAACUGUUUGAUUGCUGGAAUUAUAGCUCGUAGUGCUGGUGCUUUUGAAAAUACGAAAAAAGUUUGCUCAUGUUCUGGUAAAACUUUAUGGGAAGAAGCAAGAUUGGAUAUUUAG